AUUUCUCUGAAGUUCUUGACAGAUUCGACUUCAGAUUGAGAGUAUUCAAGAUGGCUGACACAGCUUCAAGGUAAAGGGCCCUCUCUGAACUUCCUCGUCUGUGCUGAGGCUGUGGUGUCAUAAGUGCUGCUGUCACCAUGUCCUCCACCUCCUCCUGCUACUCCUCCUCGGGGGAAACAAGUCCAGAGGAUGUGCCCCGCGGAGGGGGUACCAUCCGUGUCUACCUCCCCAACAAGCAGAGGACCGUAGUUAAUGUUCGUCAGGGUCAGACUGUGUACGAGAGUCUAGAUAAAGCCCUUAAAGUCAGAGGCCUGAGCCAAGGAUGCUGCGCUGUGUUCCGCCUAUUAGAAGGGCGGAAAAGGCUGACAGACUGGGACACAGACAUCACUCCUCUGGUCGGGGAGGAGCUGUUAGUCGAGGUCCUAGAUGAUAUUCCACUUUCAAUGCACAAUUUUGUACGUAAAACUUUUUUCAGGCUGGCUUUUUGUGAUUUCUGUCACAAGUUUCUUUUUAAUGGCUUCCGGUGUCAGACGUGUGGGUAUAAGUUUCACCAGCACUGCAGUAGCAAGGUUCCUACUGUGUGUGUGGACAUGGACACAGUGACCAAAAUUAAGAUUGAGCCCCACCCCUUUGUAGAUGUGUACCCUCAGAUCAUGCUGCCAGAACAUUCCCCUUCACAGAGCAACCUCGACUUCGUCCCAGAUCCUUCUGGGAUGGACCUGCUCUCCCCGACUUCAGCCUUUCCCUUCCCCCUGCCUGGUGCAGAGGGUCAGUCUUUACAGAGGCACCGCUCCACCUCCACCCCCAAUGUGCACAUGGUCAGCACUGUCGGCCCUGUAGGAGUCAUACGAGAGGAAACUCUACGAUACAACAACACAAUAGGACCCGAGCCGUCACCGAAGCUGUCCACCAGCCCCCCCUCUUCCUUGGGCUCCCCCGGCAGACGACCCCCCAAGUCCCCCUCCGAGCACAAGGAACGCAAGCCAUCCUCCUCAGACGACAAAAAGAAAGUGCAACGAGGGGGCAUUCGAGACUCGAGUUACUACUGGGAGGUGCAGUCCCGGGAAGUGACUAUCCAGAAGAGGAUAGGGUCGGGCUCGUUCGGGACGGUGUACAGAGGGAAGUGGCAUGGAGACGUGGCCAUAAAGAUCCUCAAAGUGACUGAGCCCACACCGGAGCAGCUACAGGCCUUCAAGAACGAAAUGCAGGUUCUACGGAAAACCCGGCAUGUGAACAUCCUGCUGUUUAUGGGUUACAUGACGAAGCCCAACUUUGCCAUCAUCACCCAGUGGUGUGAGGGCAGCAGCCUGUACCGACACCUCCACGUCACCGAGACCAAGUUUGACACCAUGAGGAGAAUCGAAGUGGCCCGACAAACUGCUCAGGGCAUGGAUUACCUUCACGCCAAGAACAUCAUUCAUCGGGAUCUCAAAUCAAACAAUAUUUUCCUGCAUGAGGGCUGGACGGUGAAAAUUGGUGACUUUGGAUUAGCCACAGUGAAGUCUCGGUGGAGUGGCUCACAACAGGUGGAGCAGCCCAGCGGCUCCAUUCUGUGGAUGGCCCCCGAGGUGAUCCGGAUGCAGGACCCAAACCCCUACACAUUCCAAUCAGAUGUUUAUGGAUACGGUGUAGUGUUGUUCGAGCUCAUGUCGGGAACGCUGCCUUAUUCCAACAUCAACAACCGUGACCAGAUCAUCUUCAUGGUCGGCCGUGGUUACGUGUCCCCAGAUCUUAGUAAAUUGUACAGUACGUCUCCAAAGUCCAUGAAGAGGAUGAUCUCAGACUGUCUUAAGUUCAAACGAGACGAGAGACCUCUCUUUCCACAGAUCCUGGUAGCCAUAGAGCAGGUGCAGGACAUGCUGCCAAAGAUCGAGCGCAGUCGGUCGGAGCCCUCUCUGCACCGGGCUGUCCACGCCGAGGACCUCAACCCGCUCCUGCUCAACACCACCAGGUUUUUGGCCCUCUAAAGACCCCCUACCCCCACCAGCACCAGCACCCUCCCCAACACCGGACACCUACACGGGGCUGCCCCUCUGUGCACACCCCAGAGGAACCAGAGACCCCACCCCUGCACCUGGAGCACUGGGCACUCAAACUCUAUCACAAACUGUAAAGUCAUAUUGUUUUUAUAUGAACGUAGGUCGACUUACAUUGAAACAAAUGGAGUGAAACAAGAAGAUUGCAAAAAUGUUAAAAGUAGAGGAAUAAUAGUGGAGCUCAAAAGAAUUCCCAAAAUGACUAGCUCCCCCAAGACCUGGCAGUGAAAUUUUAAUAGUGAAAAUCUUGACUUUUUUGUUUGUCCAGCAGAGGGCGUUAUAGUAAAGCUGUUAAAGUCAUGCCGCUUUCUAACCAAAUUUUUCCAUGGCAAGUCUGGUCCAAACUCCUUCUGUCGUGUCUAGAGCCAGAACCGAACAUGGCCUUGCAAUCCAGAUUCAUUUUAUUAUGUGAAACAAAGGAGUUCAUUGGUCACCCAUUGUUUUGGAAUAAAAUCACAACAGACUUCAGUACUUUGCUCAUUGAUUCUGCAGAAAUCCACGAUAUUUUUCCCUGUGGUAUUUUUUUUUCUUUUUCCUCGUAAGCAGCCAUAUUCGCUUUGAUAUGGACUGGCCAUGUGUGUCUUUGAUUGGCUAAUCCACCUGUCAAUCACGCCCAUCUGAACUUGGGAACAUUUGCUGGGGACCAGACUUCCAAUACUUUAUGAAGAUGUGAAAGUGUGAAUUCUGGAUCCCAAGCAAACACAGCUUUAUGGAAGAGGUUGAGUAGCUAAUCAAUGUAUUUAAUUUAAAAGAAGGCUCUGAUCAAAAUUGCACAAAUUCCAGUUCAAUUUUAGAAUUGCAUUUUGAUGCCAGGUCAAAAGGUGGUGCUAGUCUGCAACAAAUCUUCAGUCCAAAAGAGAAGCUUUACAUUAUACUGUAAAAAACAAAGACUAACAAAGUAAUUCCAAUAUUUCAAAGUUGAUGCAAAUUUCAAGAUCAAAUGUGAAAUUUCAACACCCAAACUUCACUUCAAAUCAAUAGCUUAUUAUAAUAUUGUGUUUUAUCACCAGCAUAAAUGAUGGCAGUAAAAGGCCAGUACCAGCCCACUUUGUAAACAUCACAUUUCGGUAUCUUUUGUAUUUUACUAAAAUACCCCUAUACUAUAAUUGAUGUGGUGGGCUUUUUUAUUUUAUUUUAUUUUAUUUUUUUGUAAAUGUUCAGUCUUAAUGUAAACAGUUUGUUGUUUUGCUGCUAUUUGAGAUUGCGUUUUGAAAGUUACUGGUCAACUUGUCUGUGGGUUAGUCUUAAAAACAAGAUUUUUUUUAAAUGAAAAAUAAUUACUGUAAGCAUCUGGAGUCAGCUGUCAUUACGGGAAAGGGCUGUCAAUGAUUUUUGUGAUGUUUUUAUUAAUUUAACCAUUGCAGAUUUUAUACAAAAAAUUCGUCACUUUUUGUGUCAUUAAUUAAAACAAAUUCCCCUUAACAAUCUAA